AUGUCUACACAACAAAAGUUCGAGGGUUGGGUCGCUGAAAAGUCCACAAAGGAACAGGACUUGGUCUGGAAGGAAUAUGAGAUGAAGCCCUUUGAAGACACGGAUAUUGAGAUUCGUAUUACUCAUUGUGGUGUCUGUGGAACUGACGACCAUAUCUCCAAAAACGGCUGGGGAUCUACCAAAUAUCCCAUCAUCGUUGGACAUGAAAUCGUGGGUGUAGCAACCCGCAUCGGUUCCAAAGCCGAAGGCGACAUCAAAGAAGGCGAUAUAGUCGGAGUAGGUGCCCAAAGCGAUGCAUGUUUUGAACGCGACGGUCCAUGCGAGGAGUGUGCCAAUGGUCUUUAUAACUACUGCUCCAAGAACACCCCUACGUACGGCGGUGUACACUGGUGCGGAACUCCAUCUACAGGUGGUUACGCACGAUAUCAUCGCUGCCCAUCCAGAUUCGUCGUCAAAAUCCCUCAGGGCCUAGCUCCCGAACUUGCGGCUCCGAUGCUGUGUGCUGGUGCAACCAUGUAUGCGCCCUUGAAUUAUUUCGGAGCAACCGGCCGAAAGGUUGCUAUCAUUGGAAUUGGUGGAUUGGGCCAUUUCGGUAUCAUGUUUGCUAAAGCUCUUGAUGCUGCCGAAGUUGUAGCCAUUUCGAGAGGUUCUGAUAAGAAGGGUGAUGCCCUUACUCUUGGAGCUGACGAGCAUAUUGCUACGAGUGAAGAAGGCUGGGCUGAGAAGAAUAAGAGGAGAUUUGACUUGAUCAUCAACACAGCAGAUGGAUCCAACAUGCCAUGGAAUGAAUACUUGGGUCUUCUGAGAGUAGAUGGCACAAUGGUUUCGGUCGGUGCACCUGAGAAGCCAAUCCCGAUCAACAUCUUCUCUCUACUCCCAAUCCGUGGCAGAUUCACAUCUACUUCAGUUGCUACUCCCAACGAGGUGCGAGACAUGCUUCAGUUGGCUGCCGAUAAAAGUCUCAAGCCAUGGGUUGAGGAACGUCCAAUGAGAGAGGCGAACGAAGCAUUGAAGGACCUUCAAGCUGGAAAGCCUAGAUUUCGAUAUGUUCUUGUCAAUGAGGACUGA